AUGGUCGCCCUCCCAACGCUCCGUCCACAACACGAUAUGCCUGCCAGCCCCAAAUACUCGGCUGCGGAUACAUUUCUCGCUGCGAUUGAUGCGGAAGUAAACGUCACGGACAACACCCAGACUGUUUCGACGCUACACCCUCACGGUGUCGUCCUGUCGUUGGACCCUCUCUUCGGUAACGAUGACUACGACCAAACCCAUCUGAGCCCUUCGCAGGGUCAUGAUCAUAUGGCAGCGCCCACAGACGGCGGUAGUGUUUGGUACUGCUCGAACUGUCGUGAUGGUCCCCUGGGUGACUGGCAGAACGUUUGCACAGCAUGCUCCCAUGUAAAGGGUCAUCCGCUUCCGCCGUCGUUUUGGUGGAAUGAGAGUACUAUCUGCAACGAAUACUACCUGAGAGCAGAGUACGUCACGGAAAAUGCCUCGUUCACGCUCAACCCUGUUGUCGUGCACCAGCUACGAUUCAGUCCAUCAGUACCAGAACAGGGUCUGCUACCCACAACUGCCCUUGUGCCAGCACCACCAAUACGUUUCGAGCGUAAGUCGAGACCAUCGACCCCAGAACCAUCCAAGGAGCGGCGCGCGCCACUGAAACGGCUGAAGACAGGCUUACGUGGCGGAAGCAAAGAAGAAGAGGCAUCUUCAACCUCUUUGUUAGUACUCAGUGCGCCCUCGCAGUAUCGUGUCGGUGCUACUAGCAAGAUCAAGCUAUCACUCCAAGCAACACUAAGUGAUGGCGAUACGCAGCCAGCGCCCGUGUACCUCCGCGGGAUUCGCGCACAAGCAAUAGCGCACAUCAACUUCCGCAUUCCGCUAGCAUCGGCACCCAACGAAGAGUAA